AAAAACGCCGAGCUCCGGGGCGCGAGCGCAGCGUAGCGAGUCCUGGCAGCGCCACGCGCGGCCGGCCCGGGCGGAACGGAGACCGAGCCGGGCGGGCGCUGCGACGCCCCGCCUGCAUGGAGCCCGCCACCAGCUUCCUGUCCCCGCGGCCGUGCCCGCGUGCUGCCGCCCCGCCCGCUCCUCCCGCCGGGCCCGGGCCGCCGCAGGGUGCCGUGCCCGGACCGGGGCGCGAGAUGCUGGCCGGGCCGCCGCCCGCGCCCGACCCUGCGCGUCUCAUCACGGACCCGCGCAGCGGCCGGACCUACUUCAAAGGUCGUCUGUUGGGGAAGGGAGGUUUCGCCCGCUGCUACGAGGCCACUGACACGGAGACUGGCAGCGCCUACGCCGUCAAAGUCAUCUCGCAGAGCCGCAUCACCAAGCCGCAUCAGAGAGAGAAGAUUCUAAACGAGAUUGAGCUGCACCGCGACCUGCAGCACCGCCACAUCGUGCGAUUCUCGCAUCACUUUGAGGAUGCUGACAACAUUUACAUUUUCCUGGAGCUCUGCAGCCGAAAGUCGCUGGCCCACAUCUGGAAGGCCCGGCACACCUUGCUGGAGCCAGAGGUGCGAUACUACCUGCGGCAGAUCCUUUCUGGACUCAAGUACCUGCACCAGCGUGGCAUCCUGCACAGGGACCUCAAGCUGGGGAAUUUUUUUAUCACUGAGAACAUGGAACUGAAGAUGGGAGAUUUCGGACUGGCGACUAGGUUGGAACCCCCGGAGCAUAGGAAGAAGACCAUCUGCGGUACUCCCAACUAUGUGGCUCCGGAAGUGCUGCAGAGACAAGGCCACGGCCCCGAGGCAGACGUGUGGUCCCUGGGAUGCGUCAUGUACACGCUGCUCUGUGGGAGCCCUCCGUUUGAGACUGUUGACCUGAAGGAGACAUACCGCUGCAUCAAGCAGGUUCAUUACACACUGCCCGCCAGCCUCUCACUGCCUGCCCGGCAGCUCCUGUCCUCCAUCCUUCGCGCCUCGCCCCAAGACCGCCCCUCGAUCGACCAGAUUCUGCGCCAUGACUUCUUCACCAAGGGCUACACCCCCGACCGGCUCCCUGUCAGCAGCUGCGUGACAGUCCCAGACCUGAUACCCCUGAACCCAGCUAAGAUUCUGUUUGUCAAAGUUACCAAGAGCCUCUUUGGCCGGAAGAAGAACAAGAAUAAGAACCAUCCUGAGGAGCGGGACGAGAUCUCCUGUUUGGUGAAUGGCCUCACACGGGCGUCCAUCAGCCAGCAGGAUGCCAGGCCUGAGGCGCCCGCAGCUUCGGGCCCAGCCCCUCCCAGCCUGGUAGAGACAGCACCCGAGGACAGCUCACCCCGGGGGACGCUGGCAAGUAGUGGAGAUGGGUUUGAGGAAGGGCUGACGGUGGCCACGGUGGUAGAGUCUGCCCUCUGCGCUCUGAGAAACUGCCUGGCCUUCAUGCCCCCAGCCGAACAGAACCCCGCUCCCCUGGCACAGCCCGAGCCGCUGGUGUGGGUCAGCAAGUGGGUUGACUACUCCAACAAGUUUGGCUUUGGCUAUCAACUGUCCAGCCGCCGCGUGGCUGUGCUCUUCAACAAUGGCACACACAUGGCGCUGUCGGCCAACAGGAAGACCGUGCACUACAACCCCACCAGCACGAAGCAUUUCUCCUUCUCUGUGGGAGCCGUGCCCCGGGCCCUGCAGCCACAGCUAAGCGUCCUGCGGUACUUUGCCUCCUACAUGGAACAGCGCCUCAUGAAGGGUGGAGAUCUGCCCAGCGUGGAAGAAGUGGAGGCACCUGUCCCCCCGCUCCUGCUGCAGUGGGUCAAGACCGAUCAGGCCCUGCUCAUGCUGUUUAGUGACGGCACCGUCCAGGUGAACUUCUACGGGGACCACACCAAGCUGAUCCUCAGUGGCUGGGAACCCCUCCUCGUGACUUUUGUGGCCCGAAAUCGCAGUGCUUGUACUUACCUCGCCUCCCACCUCCGGCAGCUGGGCUGCUCCCCAGACCUUCGCCAGCGUCUCCGCUAUGCUCUGCGGCUGCUACGGGACCGCUGCCCGGCCUAACCCCACACCACAGAACCCACUGGCCUCCGGCUGGAAGACUCUCGUGACCCUCCCUGUCCCUUUGGUGCAUCCCUGGGGCCUUGGGCCACAUCCCCCAGGGAAACAGGGACCAGCUUUACUGGGGUUGGAGGCAGCCGUCCCCUCGGCACCGCUCAACCCUACUCCAAGCCUGAGCCUUAGCUCCCAGCUCGGGGGCGCUAUUUAUGGACCACUUUUAUUUAUUGACAGACAUUUAUUUAUUGGGAUGUGAGCCCCAGGAAGGGCCUCCUCCUGGGAAAAUAAACCGUUUUUUUGCAGAA